CCUAAUACUAAGACAGCUGCUGUUUAUAAUAAGAAACGUAAUAAUUAUAAUCAUUACAGCAUCGUUUUAUAAUAAACAGUAAAGUGUUUAUUGGGCUCUUCCUCUGUGCCAAGCAUUGUCAGCUAUGAUAUGGCCUAUUUCUUUAUUCUUUGUAGCAGCCUCGAGAGAUAUGGAAACAGACAUAGACAGUCAGUAGGAGUCAGCAGGGGCUGCUACUCCUGGGAUGUGACCCUCAUUAUAUAGAGAAUGGAACGAGAGUGAGAGAGGAAGAAGGUCAUAAGCAGUUGUCAGACAGGGGAUAGGCCCUGAAAGGGGAGAUCUCUCAUGCAAGAUGGCAAAUGUUACUCCCAUGAAGGUUGUAAGAAGGUUACUUCCAUGAAGCUUUUCGGUAUCUGCACCUUGGCCUGGGUGGAGCCCGCAGACUCGGAGACUGUUCACGGAGGGCUAGAACUGCGCAGAAAAUAUCCCAACACAAACAGUGUAGCGUGGUGUGUUGAGUUCUGGAUCGGAACCAGGCCCAAAUCCCAGCUCUGACAUGGCUAAUUCACUGUGGAAUACCGGGCUAAUUCCCUUCUCGCUCGGGCCUCAGUUUCCCUGCCUGUAACUAGAAGUGAGCUCACCUGAGGCUGGUUAGAGUACCUGUGGCGGUUUCCUUGGGAGAUAGUACUGUCUGGCUCUGGACCAAGACAGCCCCAGUACAUUUUCUCUUCUGACCAACCAGCAGCCCAUCCCUCCUACCCCCCUUCCCCCUGGCCAUCCCCAAAGCAAACGAAGCUGAUUGUCUUAACUGGCGCUGUGGGUGCUGGCUGGUCAGCCGGCCGCAGGCCACAGGCGGAGGUGCCAUCAGCCAGGGCCCCACCAGACACACAGGACAUUGUCCUUCGGUCAACAGCCCCUGGGCACCUCAGGGCCUGGCUCCUGGCCUGCCCCCACACCCCUCACCGCCUGCCACUGUGCUAAGGCCCAGCCAGCUGGGGGCCCAAGGCUCCCAGCUGACAGUGAGCCCACCCACCCACACCCCCCAGCAGCCCCCCGUGGAGCUAUAAUUGCCUCAGUCCAUCCUGUUGCUGCUAUUCUCUCUCUGCGGCAUCUGGGGUUCCUGGCCGGUGGCAGCUGCAGGCCUGCUGCCUGGCUUGGUGGGAUGGACUGGCCACACAGCCUGCUGCUCCUUCUUGCCAUCUCUAUCUUCCUGGGGCCAAGCCAGCCCCGAAACACCAAAGGCAAAAGGAAGGGGCAAGGGCGGCCUGGCCCCUUGGCCCCUGGGCCUCACCAGGUGCCACUGGACCUGGUCUCUCGCGUAAAGCCCUACGCUCGAAUGGAAGAGUAUGAGAGGAACCUUGGAGAGAUGGUGGCUCAGCUGAGGAACAGCUCUGAGACAGCCAAGAGGAAAUGCGAGGUCAACCUGCAGCUGUGGCUGUCCAACAAGAGAAGCCUAUCUCCUUGGGGAUACAGCAUCAACCAUGACCCCAGCCGCAUUCCUGCGGACUUGCCUGAGGCGCGCUGCCUUUGUCUGGGCUGCGUGAACCCCUUCACCAUGCAGGAGGACCGCAGCAUGGUGAGUGUGCCAGUGUUCAGCCAGGUGCCAGUGCGCCGCCGCCUUUGUCCGCCACCUCCGCGCCCUGGGCCCUGCCGUCACCGCGUCGUCAUGGAGACCAUCGCGGUGGGUUGCACCUGCAUCUUCUGAGCCACCAAGCCUGUGGCCACUGCUACUCCUCCCUCCCCGCACCCAC